CGAUCAAAGUACGAAACAUUAUGGAAUUUCAAAUAGUAUUACCGAUUUUUUCCCUCGAUAUACCCAAAAUACAAUUUUCAUUUUUUUUCUCUGAAGCUUAUCAUCAGUGAUGCGCAUCAAUGGACGAGCGGACGCUUCACUGCGUUGAUAACUCUUUCCUAUCAAAGCGUGCUUUUUAAGCUACCAAAUAACUUGACAGUGAUCCAGAUUUUAACAGUUAUUUUACCUCUUGGGUCUCUUGGUAGAGGGUUGUCAAUGAGCUUGCUUGAGAAACCAAAGGUCUUUUGUUUUAAAAAUAUAUACGCGAAAGAAGAAAACCAAUACGAUAAAUGUGGUAAAACUACAUUUGUGAGUUAUUGAAAUAAGGUGAUAAAUUUGAACAUAAUCAAUGAUUAUGGAUUGGGUGUGAGAUUAAAUGAAAAGUACGACCAAGCUCAUUUGAAUUGACCAAAGCRAAUGUAGGCUAUCAGACAAUGACCAAAAAAUCCAAAAUAAUUAAACCAAAUCAGUGACCUUCAAAAAAUUAUUGUCGUACCGCAGGAGAAAAAACUUUAAGUAAAUUAGAUGUACAAUUUUCAAAACAAGUUAAUACCAUAGCAUGUCAGAUUUGUCUUGAAAGACUUGGAAUUGUACAUGUUUUUUUAUAAUUCUGCAUGAACCAAUGCGACGCAAUUUACGCUUUUUCUUUGUUUGCUUAUCCAAUGAACAUCAUUGAUGAGACUUCAUUAACCAUUCACUAAUAAUGAACACAACAAAAAGAAAACUUUGCGAAUUCCGUGUUUUCGUAAUCAUAUCUUGCCCAACCAGCAUAGCUUUUACACCUAAAAAUGUCCCUCAAUUAUACUUAGAGAGUGGAAGAUCAUUGCACAUGACGUAAAAUAGCUUUCAUGGAGCUCGAGUCGAGAAGCUUGGAUUUCCCUAGAGAAUUCAUAGAAAAUAUUUCUGGAAACAAAGGCGUAUGGUAUAGAAUUAAGUCAAUAUCAUGAAAACCUGGGCUAUGGAAGGCCAUUAAUUUGACUGUGAAAAUUCUCCCAAUAUUCAAAAACGUACACAUUUGUCUUUGGUAAGUUAGGAGCAAAUAUUUUAAAUCUAAGGUAAAUCCAUUGAACUUAUAUUCUAUCGAUUUAAUUACCGAUGCUUUAAGCGGUGUUACUUUAUCGACAAACACUAAUAAGACUUGAAGUAUAACUGGUCAUCUACUACAUAUAAGGAUCAACUUUUCCAGGAUCUUUUGAUCUUGCCAGCGCGGGCAUUAACAAUGUUUUCUCUCAACAACACCACUAAUAUAUCACUUCCUACAAGUGCAAGUACAAGCGAAGAACUAGCGGCCACAACCAUAGCUUCUGCAAGCUUCCUGGUAUUGGUAAUGCUUCUGACAAUCUUCGGUAAUUCGCUCGUCUGUUUUAGCGUGGUUUCCUACUAUCGUUUGCGCAGUCCAACAAACUACUUCGUCGUUUCUUUAGCCGUGUCUGACUUCUUGGUAGGAGUAGUAAUACUUCCUUUCCGGCUAACUCAAACGUUGAAUAGCAACAUAUGGCCUCUAAGUCUAGGCCGAGAAGGGUGUCAGUUUUGGAUCUGGAUGGACAUACUCUGUAGUGGUGCGUCUAUCGUCAACCUGGCUGGCAUAAGUAUUGAUAGACUUCUGGCCAUCAAACGGCCCUUAAAGUAUCGAGAAGAGAUGACAAGCAAAAGGGCUUACCUGGCUAUUCUAUUUGUGUGGAUCUAUGCGUUUCUUGCAGCGUGUUUGUUAUUCGUCGAUUGGGGACAAGAUACCAUUGCGUAUCAACCCCAGUGUGGUAUGAAGGCCAAGAUUUACAUCACAAUCGUAUCGUUUGCCUGCUUUUUCUGCCCAUUAUUAAUCGUCGUCGUGUGCUAUGGACUUGUGCUCCACGUUGCCAUACGUCAUGCGCUACAACUUCAACGCGAGAAGGAUUCCAUCGCCGUGAGUUUUUCUUUGGAACCAAAUGGAAAUAAAAAAGACGAGGACGAGCACUCAGAGGAAAACACCCCGUAUUUGAGCUUAAAGGAUGCUGAAAUAAAUGGCUCAAAAGAUGGAACCAAGGGGAAUACUUAUAUAAGACGGUCCAAAUCUACCGCAUCGACAUUCAACGUUAUGAAGCAAAUUAAAGCAACAAAGACGCUGGCUAUCGUCGUGGGAGUCUUUAUCCUGUGUUGGUUUCCAUUUUUCGUUAUUUAUCUUACUUUUCAAUACUGCGGGAAUGAUUGUUUUGACGCGAGACUCUCAGAACAAGCUAAGACUGCUAUCUUGAACAUAUUUGUCUAUGUUCUACCCGUGAGUAAUUCUGCUGCAAAUCCUAUUAUUUAUUCGUGUUUUAACCAGGAGUUCAGGCAAGCUUUCUUGAAAAUCUUUUACAAGAUGGUUGGGAAGAAAUACAAACCAAAGCCUUUGUCAUGGGAAAAAAGCUAUAUGUCUACUGCUUGAGGAGAGAAGGAUAUAAAAACGAAAGAAACUCAAUGAAAUGAGAAUUGCCAAAAUGAGGGUUAAGGAUAUUGCUGACAAGAACAAGACCAAAACUUUCAUUUUUUUUUUUUUUUGGUUUAACCAGAACUAGUGUUGUAUAAAGAAUAUAUAAUCUUCAGUCUACUAACUCAUUUAUUAAAUGAUUUAGCUUGCCCCUAUAAGAAACUAAACUCUCUUUCUGCUUCUGAUCAUAGUAAAACGUUAUGCAAACAACUAAAGGCUUUCUCUUGAAUUUGAAAGCUUAGCUUGGAAAUUAUCCAGAGAUUAGGAUGUGUGCUUUUCAACAAAUCCUAGCUUAAGUUGAAAUAUUUUUUUGUGUGUGUGCUUGGCGCGCGUACAAAACGAAACUCGACUUGGCGGGAAAAAGAUCUAGAGUUUAGUAAUUCUUGAUUUAGAUUAUCCCGGUUCCAAAGCGAAGCUUUAGAAUAUAACAAGCACAUUUUACGAAUAUAAUAAUGAAGAAUAAAGGAAAAAUACCUAUUAACUUUGCAGCCUAGAAAGAAAUUUUGAUGUUAUAAAAAUCAUAAAAUCAGACCAUUUCAUCAAGUCCGCUUUUUUUUGGCUCGUUUUGAUUGCAAACAAAUGCGCUGUAAAAAAAGUAACUUCACUUCGACAACGAAAACGCUCGAUAUAAAAUGCACUCUUUGUUUCUGUGGUAUGCAUGUUUGUUUACAGUUAAUACCUUAGACAAAGCACCAAAACUGUUAAGUUAAUGUGACAAAAUCUUGAGAAGAAUUUUCUCGGUAAUCGGGUCGAAAAUAUCAACAUUAUCUAAGUAAAAAUCUCCUUAGAAAUAACCCGCUUAAAUAACUGCCAGCAGCAAAGCAAUUAAACGAUUCUCCCAGACUAGACAAAUAAUAAUAAUCUGUAAAAUAACAAUAAACAAUUGUUAUUAGUUUG